ACCAAAAAUUCCAAAGUUCCGUUUGCCGACCGGCCAUGGCGCUGGUGCAAUUGUCCAGAAAGUCGCCCAUCAUUUGCAAGGAGGCGAUCCCGAGCCCACCAUACACAUUCAAUCAACAACUUCCUGACCUCUCGUGCACCACAAGCCAAGACACACAACGGUGCCAACCCAUCUUGCAACCUGCCCCAUCAGACUACUUCCUAGACGACUUUAUUGUCUGUUCUCUAGGUCCAUCGGCGCAAUGGCUUACCGUCUAAUUACCCAAGUCGUCUUCAUCGGCGCCCGAACCUUCGGCCGCGCCUUUGCCCAGGCAUACAAGCAAGCGCAAGCAUCAUCACAAUAUCAGCGCGCCCAGGCCAAGCUCGACCCCAAUGCCGCCAACGCCCGUGCCAGUCUCAGCGGCGGCAUGACCCUCGACGAGGCAUGCAAGAUCCUCAACGUCAAGCCCCCCCAGGGCGGCAAGGCCAACAUGGAGGACGUCAUGGAGCGCUUCAAGAAGCUAUUCGACGCCAACAACCCGGAAAACGGCGGCAGUUUUUACCUGCAAAGUAAGGUCCUGAGGGCCAGAGAACGAAUCGAGGCCGAGGUGAAACCCACCAUGGAGAAGGCCGCCCAGGAGGCGGAGAUACAGGAAGGGUUCAAGCCCAAGGUGUACAAGGACCGGUAGUCUUGCCAACUUGGGGGGGCCCGAGAAAACACCAAACCCGGCGGGGCCUCUAUUUUCUUCUUCGUGACGGCACCCGGGUGGAACCCCGAAUCGGGGACGACAACAUCAACCUCAUAUACAACACCAUCUUCACUCGACUUGGCAUGGCCUGGCGUUACGGCAUGGACGUUCAUGACUUUUUUAU